AUGCCUGCCUCAGCCUCGUCAGCGUCGUCGACUCACCACCACCACCACCACCACCACCACCACCACCCGGAGGACCUGAUCCAACGGCUGAGCUCCUCCACCGCCCACGAGACCAAGCUCAAGGCAUUAAGGGAGCUCAAGAACCAGAUCAUUGGCAAUCGCACCAAAAAACUUUCUUACAUGAAGCUCGGCGCUGUCCCCUCCGUCGUCUCAAUUCUGUCCGAAGCUCUGUUAGGUCAACAGGUUGGAAAUGCGGAGGACGACGUCGUUUCGCUUCUGAUUCAGUCCGCCGCCACGAUUGGGAGCUUCGCGUGUGGAUUUGAUGCCGGUGUCAAGGCGGUUCUUGAUUCUGGAGCUUUUCCUCAUUUGUUGAGCCUCAUUUCUCAUCCCAACGAGAAGGUUGUGGAUGCUGGUGCUCGUUCUCUUAGAAUGAUUUAUCAAUCACAAUUGGCAACAAAGUAUGAUUUUCUUCAGGACAGAAACAUGGAAUUUCUUCUUUCACUGCUGAAUAGUGAGAAUGAGAAUGUUACUGGACUUGGUGCAAGUAUCAUUAUGCAUUCUUGCCAUACAAGCAUAGAACAGAAGGCAUUGAGUGACGCUGGAGUCUUAAAGAAGAUCAUUAUUCUUCUUGAAGGUUCUCUAAGUCAGAGGGAUGCUAGUUUAGAGUCUCUAGCCACUAUUUUCAAGGACAAUCCGGAAGUUGUUUCAAAGUUUGUGGGAUGUGAAAGUGGAAGACCAUUGAGUGUUGUAACAGAAUUAGCAAAGGAUAGGUAUCCUCGAACCAGAUUGCUGGCCUGCAUGUGCUUGAUUGUUAUAAGAAAUGCCUGUACUUCUCAUCUUCAAGAUGUAGGAAUCAAAAACAAGUUGAUAUUGAUAUUACUUGAACUUCUUGAUGAUCCUGGUCAAGUUGGAGAUGAAGCCGCCUUUGUUUUAUCUAGUUUAGUUGCAGACAAGGAGGAUUUGCAAAAGUUAGCCUUUGAGGCAAAUGUCGUUGAUAAACUAUGCAACCACUUGCAGAAAGGCUCAUCGCCGGCCAAACGUUUUCAAGGAAUAUUGCUGGCAUUGGCUGAUCUCUGCUCAAGAUUGGAAUGCUGCAGGUCAAGGCUUAUGUCGAUCAAGGUCCCUUGUAGCACUGUGCUACCUGAAUGAUGUUUCUAUCCAAUAGGUGGGAGAUGCAAGCCCCAAUAAGUUGGUUCAAUUGAUGGGAUAUCCAAAAAGUUAAGAUGCCUUCAUUUUUACCAUUACAGAGUUGAAUGAAUAAUAGAGGAGUCCAAAAAAUGUUCAUUUUAGUUGGAAUAAUCUGAAAUGCUUCAUUUUUUUGCGUUAUUGUAGAAAAUAUCUAUUGAUUCUUAAGGUUGCCGUUUCUACUUGUUGUUUUUCCUCCUUU